AUGGAAAAUCUGCUUCAUUUCCGCGUCAUUCUUCUCUUUCUCUCUUCCCUUUUUCUUCUUCAAAUUCGAAACGUAACGUCUUUCAGAAACGAAGAUGAUUCAGAAGCAUGGGGUUACGUUCAAGUCAGACCUAAAGCGCAUAUGUUUUGGUGGCAUUAUAAGAGUCCUUACAGAGUAGAAGAUCCUUCUAAACCAUGGCCAAUUAUUCUGUGGUUGCAGGGUGGUCCUGGUGCUUCUGGUGUUGGAAUUGGAAACUUUGAAGAGGUUGGACCUUUGGAUACUAACUUGAAACAAAGGAAUUCAACAUGGUUGUUGAAAGCAGAUCUCUUGUUUGUGGACAAUCCAGUUGGGACAGGGUACAGUUUUGUGGAGGAUGAAAAACUUUUUGUGAAAACCGAUGAGGAAGCGGCCACAGAUUUGACAACUUUGUUAAUUAAGUUAUUCAAUAAUGAUGAAAAACUCCAAAAGAGUCCUCUCUACAUUGUGGCAGAAUCCUAUGGUGGUAAAUUUGCUGUCACUCUUGGAUUAUCUGCUCUUAAAGCUAUUGAAGACAAGAGAUUGAAACUUACACUUGGAGGUGUGGCAUUAGGAGACAGUUGGAUCUCACCAGAAGAUUUUGUGUUAUCAUGGGGUCCUCUCCUCAAAGACCUCUCAAGACUCGAUGAGAAUGGACUGGAAAAGUCAGACAGUUUAGCUCAGAAGAUCAAGAAGCAACUUGAAGAUGGUAAAUUUGUUGAAGCAACUGAUACAUGGGGUGACCUUGAGUCAGAGAUUUCUGCUAGCAGCAACAAUGUGGAUUUUUACAAUCUCUUGUUGGAUGAGGGAAGUGAUUCAGCAACCAUAUCAGCAUUGAAACUGGGAUUAUUCAAAGAAACAUCAAUGAAGCGGUACUCCAAGUAUCUUACUUCCAAAAGGACAAGAUCUUAUUCUCCUGGUGGUGAUAAUGAUCUUGGCACUUUACUAAACGGUGUUAUAAAGAAGAAGUUAAAGAUCAUCCCUGAGAAUGUCACAUGGGGAGGGCAGUCCGAUAAAGUUUUCACCUAUCUUGGAGGUGAUUUUAUGAAGCCAAGAAUUGAUGAGGUUGAUCAGCUACUGGCUAAGGGAGUCAAUGUGAUUGUGUACAAUGGACAGGUUGAUCUGAUUUGUGCUACCAAAGGGACUGAAGCUUGGGUUAGGAAACUCAAGUGGGAAGGGCUAAAAAAUUUCUUAGGGAAAGACAGAACAGCCCUCUACUGUGGAAAUAACAAAACAACCAAAGGCUUUUUCAGGUCAUACAAAAACCUACAAUUCUAUUGGAUUCUUGGAGCUGGCCAUUUUGUACCUACUGAUCAGCCUUGUGUUGCAUUAGGAAUGAUAGCUUCAAUUACACAGUCACCAGCUGCUUGA